GCUGGCUUCGGCAAAUGAACGUGCCUUCGCCUCCACUACUCUCUACGAGGAAGCUGGAAAGGACAGGCCCGGACCACGGUUCGCGGCACGGCCGGGGUUUGGAGCGUCGAGCGGAGGCAGGGUGCGUUAUGACAGGUCGCAGAUUGCCCCUUUGCGCUUUAAGAAACCUAAAUGCUUGUCUUGGGCUCUUGGAGUAUUCACCUUAUAAACUCUGUGCACCUUGGAAGAGAUUUUUUUACUCUACAAGCUAUCAGCCAGUUACAGAAGUCAUCCCAAAACAUUUAUUUGUUUCUCCUAUAAAAUGCCAUGUAUUUUUGAUACCAUUGUCCAAAUAUAUAACAAGAAUAUCUGUACGACUCAAAAGCGACAAAAGCUCUCGGAAGAAUAUGAAACAAACUGUACAAGAGGAAGAGGAGGAGGAUGAAGAUGAAGAUGAGGAGAUAAGUGAUUCAGAGGAUGAGUUUGAAGAUGAUGCCACCAUAGUGAAGGGCUACAAAGAUCUUGAAAAAGUAGUCAAGUCAUUCAGAUUUGAUGUAAUCAUGAAAGCUGGUCUAGAUAUUGCAAGAAACAAAGUGGAAGAUGCAUUCUACAAUGGUGAACUGAGACUAAAUGGAGAGAAGCUAUGGAAAAAAAGCAGAUCGGUAAAAGUUGGUGACACACUAGACCUCAUAAUUGGAGAGGACAAAGAAACAGAAACUGCUGUAGUUAUGAGAGUUGUCUUAAGAAAAGCCUCAGAAAAGAAUGAUGAUGAAAAAUACAAAGUGAUAUUGAGGCGCUGGCGAAACUUAAAGGUGCCCAAACAGGAUGUAUUUAAAUAAACUAGCAGAAGAAAUUUCUGAACAAUUAUGUUUGUUAUAUAAUAUAAGAAAUUUGGUUAAACAAAAUUUUGUGCAUUCUUUUUUUUUAAAAAAUUAGUAUGCGACAGCAUACUAAUUUGCUGUAUCCCUCACUUCAAUGCCUGUGAUUGUUGCUUUUGUGUCAUGCCAAGGUGGUAAAGCACUGUUUCUAGGUGGUUCUCCCAAAUGUGAAAAUAUAUGGAAAGAAGUAGAAGGGUAAGUUGAUUUUAGAAGCAGUCUUUCAUUUUGUUUAAAUAACGUAUCUGGGAAGGCCAAAAGCCAGCCUCAAUUUUCACAGGAGAAAAUCUGACUUCUUAACCCAUACUUUGCAUGCGUUAUUUAUACUUAGGUACUCCAGAAGGUUGGUCCCUAAAAAGGGAAAGUGCCAGGUCGCCUACAUUACAUCUUUCCAUUUGUAUAAUGUUUCUGAUUUAUGUUGCUGGUUUUUCCACUAAAUUUCCUUUAAAAUUCUGUGAGAUACUAUUGUGAAAGAAAAUUGAGUCUAUGGCCACUGUUAGUCUUUUUUGUGUGGAAAAAUUUGGAAGGGAGGAAGAAAGCAUACUGUUAUGAUCUAAUUAUUUGCCUCAGGAACUCCAAAGUGCAGGCAAAAUUUAGAUUAAUGUCACCCUGUUUUCAAAAAUCAUAAAACAUGUGCAUCAUGGUUCAGAGUCCUAUAUAUGCAUGUUCUACUCUGAAGAUGAAAUUUGUGUCUGUGUACAUUUACCCUAUUCAUAAACAGAAAGAGCUGCUUUACAUACAUGUAUGGAGUAGUGAUCUCCAAAGAAGUGCAACUGUUCAUGUGCACUGGAACAUACAUGGUUACUGGAAUAUACAGAAAGCUCUGGAUCAGAGACCAAAUGAAUGCAUUGUUUUUGUUCGUCUAGAUCAGGGGUGUCCAACUCUGGUGCUUCAGAUGUUCAUGGACUACAAUUCCUAUCAGCUCCUGCCAGUUGGCCAUGCCUGAUGGGAAUUGUAGUCCAUGAACAUCUGAAGCACCAGGGUUGGUCCCCCCUGUUCUAGAUACAAAACCAUUUCAGUCAUACACUGCCUAUCGUUCUCUAAUUUCAAAAUGCAGCUUAGAAUCCUUUGUGUUUUCAUGAGCAAUGUAGACUUAGUUAUGAUGAAAAGGACAAAUAAUGCUUAGACUUGUGAUUUGUUAGAUAAAAAACAAAUUGAAUUCUCCCAGUUUUAAAGGUAAGUAUUAUUUGUCACCAUGAAUGCAAACCUUCUCUUAUGGUAUAGUAAUUUUCAUCAAUAAAAACUGUGGCUUCAAAUGGCAUGUUGCCUUGUAUAAAUGAAAUCCCUGUAUUAAUACUAAUAAAGCCCAGCUAAACUGUG